AUGCGACUCUGCCUCAGAGGGAAGCUACCGACCAGCGUGUGUCUACAACAACUCCUGUACCGAUCUCGAUCCUCUUACCCUUCCACCACGAAUGACGUGAACAUCAACCAGUCCAUGUACGACUCCCACAACACCCUCGCAACCCAAAAUACCAUCACCCAUGACAACCUUGCACAAUCCUCCCUCUCCAUCGAUCAACCUUCAACACAGACCAACGUCAACCAGUCCAACAUCGCCGGUGACCAAAAAAGCUCGCAGCUCAAUGACAGCUCUUCGUAUACACGAAGGAGCAUUGUCGACAACAGCCUUGACUCCACCGAAAAUCCCCAGAAGGACAGCAACAAAACAGAAAGGUCAAUAUGCAACACACUCAAAACAAUGAGAACAACUCCAGCUUGA